CUGCAGGGCGGAAGUGCGUCUGUUUUCCCAGCUGGGAGCUGAAAACAAAACAAGACAAGCAACGACUGAACCAUGAUGGAUGAGCUGGUGCAGGACCUGGUGUCUGCACUGGAGCAAGCCUCUGAGCAAAACAAGUUAGGGGAGCUGUGGGAGGAAAUGGUCCUCAGUCCACUGCAGCAUCGGCGACAGAUCCGGCGGCGCAGAGGUCGGAAGCGCCUUCACGAGUCCUCUGUCUAUCCGGUGGCACGCAGACGUCGCUGGAUUGAAGCCUCUGAGUCCAGCCUGGAUGAGGCUAAAGAAUACAGGGAGAACAUAUCCUCCACCUUCACCACCGCUGUGGCAAACCACAGCGACUCAGAUGAUAUGGCCACCACUGACCACUGGCCUCGUGUCGUCGGCGGCCCUGUCAGAUCCAGACACCCAUCUUGGCCAGAGUCCGAUUCCUUCACCGACAGUAAUCCAGGACAGCCACUCAGAAGACGCAGGAAGGUCAAGCGUAUGACUUCUGACAUGACGGUCAGACUUCAGCAGAAGUUGCAUGAUGGAAAGAAGAGGCACAGGCCAUCUAAGGUUCAGCAUUUGUCAGGAACUAGGAGGAGGUCGAGCAGCUGGACUGGACCUGAGAGACAGACAGAUGGAGGCAGAAUGAUGGGAAAGGAGUGCUGGAAAAGAAAGAUGGCGAAGGAACGUAGAGACGGUCCAGAUGAGAACAUGUCUGAUGGGGAAACCAGCAGCACGUGCAGCAGUGACCCCGGCCUGUUCACCAAUGAUGAAGGAAGACAAGGUGAUGAUGAGCAGAGCGACUGGUUCUUUGAGGGGGACUGCGGAGUCGGCCUGCUGCCCAACUGGGACUCUGACAGUCCACUUUCACUUGAGGAUAGACAAUCCUCCACCAACUUUCUCCAACCUGCACAGCGUGCUGUUAGAGGGUAUCAUUCACGCCCUAAACGAUUGGCUUGCUCUGCUGCCUGCUGCAUCAGGCGGGACAGGAGGCGUCUUCCUAGAAAGAGCAACAACAUGCCGGUGUUUGUGGAAAGACUGAGACAUUUCACUGCAGAUCAUUGCCAGAGAAAAUUCUGGCUGCCUUCUGUUGGGAAUCAAGACAGAAACCAGCUGAACCCUUUGUGCCCACUACCGAUGUGUCCCAGUGACAUGAUGUCAGAAGGUUCCUAUGUCAGAUGUUCCCCUCCAUCCAUCAGAAGCAGGCAGAUUAAUUUCAUUCCGGGGCUGUUUUGCUCGUCUGACAUGCGGAGGAAGAAAGAAACAGAAGCUGUUUUCAUCACAACAUCAGCUAUCAACCCAUUUCAUAAAGAUCAGCAGAGAAAGGAGGCUAAAGGAGGUGCCUGCAGUAACACACCAAACCCUGAAGCAGUAGGACCAAGUACACCUCAGUCUCCUACUUCUGCUCAGCCUGAGAGUUCGUCUUUACUCCAGGGCAACCACGAGGACACUUGAAAGAGGCUUGACAGACCCAUCUAAUUCCUAAAGCGAUUGUGCCUGAGAACGAAAUAGCUAGAACCCCCUUCUACUCAACAAACUUUACAACAAAGAAAGAAAAAUACAAAAGCACAUCAUUAGUCUUCAAAUCAGCAUGUUCCUGCUCGAUCCAGCCCUUCCAGGUAGUAUAUUAAGCAUGACAAAUGUUAAUGCAAUCAAGCCUUGUUAAGCGCUCCGCCAUCUCCUUAAGCAAGAAGGCAGCUUCAAGUGGCUCCUCGUUCGACUCAAGACUUUACUUCUCUUCCUGUUUCCACACUGAGUCUCCAGGCCACCCGCCACUGCAUAAUCCAUUAAUUAUGUCCACUGCCGUAGCACAGCACUUGUCAGCAGGAACCUCGGAAAGUAUGGUCAGUUGAGACUCGUUGACCAGGGGGCGUCUGCUCCACUUUAAGGCAACCAACAAUGGCUGUAAAGCAGCUAGCUCUGAGGGAGAUGAACAUCACAAUGUUUAGCUGCCACAUGCUGUUGCGGGGUUAAGAGAGGCGACCACCGCUGGCGAGCCACACAAAGUACAGGCCUCCUAUUAGCAUGGAUUUGAAAAGCUACAGUUGCUACAAAGGUGCUCAUUAGCACAACACAGAGGGAGCAUAGUCAUGGUCCUUGGAGGGCCGCCUCUGUUCUCAUCAGGUUACCUUCUAUAUUCAAAUUUCCCCAAACAGAUUUAAAGUUCAAGGCUGGCUGUAAAUCUGUCUGAAAAAGCUGUUUUUUUUUUUAGCAAUGCUGGCUGAGUUGCUUUUGGAGCUGGAGGAGCAACAGGAAACAGGAAAGGAGGGUUAUACACAGUAUCUUCAAAACUCCUCUGGGUAUAUACUGUAGUUUCCAAGUGGUUUCAUCUUUAGGAAAUCAAUGGCAGCAUACAGAGGGAACAAACAAAAUAAUCUGAGCAAAGCAAAUAAAUAGGUGCAUAGAAAAGGAUGUGCAAAGCAAUACAAUCAAUUCAACUUCUAGUGCAGUAGCAUUAUCUCACUUGAAAAAUGUAGAAAAUUCAAUCACCUAUAAUGUGAGUACAUUUAUUCAGCAAUGAAACUCAUAUCAAUAUAUUUUACAGCCCACAUUUUUGUCAGUAGGACAAUUUUAGUCUCCUAAAACUUAUCACAUUUUUGGAUCAUACAUACAGAAAGAUCUUUGAGGAUUCCUCUGCCCUCUCCCAAUUUGAUUCAGAGUCCCGAAUGGGUUUUAUGUUCUCUUCACUUCAAUCAACAAGUUUUCUGCAGGUCCAGGCACUGCGGUGCAAAAGAAGAAGGUUGUUUGUGUGUCCGGUGAAUCAAUUCUGUGUUGAUUUGUCCAUAUAUUUUGGAUAAUGUUCCAGCUGAAAGACACAUUGAUGACUCAUUUUUAUUUUUCUGAUAGAGUUCACCAGAUUCCAAUAUAAAAUGUCAUCAUAUUUUAAUGAGUUCAUGAUACCCAGCAUUUUAACAAAGCUCCCUGAAAAUUUAGAAAAGAAAGAGGCCCACCACGUCACAGAUCAUCCACCAUAUUUAGAAGAAAGUAGAAAUAUCCUAUAUUGUCCCUGAGUGGGGAAAUUCAGGAGUACUAGCAGCAGAAAGGUACAGGUAUACGGAAGCCUGCAUGCUCAAACAUGCAUGGUUGAAAAAUAUAAAAACAGAAAGUAAGAAUAAGAGAACCAAGUUUUUAGUCAAAUAUUGCUUAUUACCAGUAAAAACUGCAAGUGUAAGCAGCAUAGCCUGCUAAAAUUCUGAUGAAGUUUUUAACCAAAAGUUAAUCACAUUUUUUAAGGUCUUUUUUAACAGAAAUUCACAACAUAAUCACCAGCUGUAUGACAUGUCUUUUCAGAUAUUUUAAAGCCUUUUUAAAGAGAAGAAUUGCAUUUAAUAAAAUGAGAUUUGCUAAUUAAUGUGAGUUAUAUGUCUGCAAUAAUCUGUGUGAGAAGGAUUUAUAUGAUCAUGCUGGGGAGGGUUGACAUUUAUAAAUGCUGUGUGGGCACACUAUAGUUUAAAUGGAUGCCUCACACUACUUUGCUAGUUGCCGCCACAGAAAUCCGUCAGUGUUCAGAUCUCCGCAAACUCCUCAGCCGCUACUGGUUUCCCUCCUUUUCACAUCAGCAAUGCACCUGGUAAAUAGGAAUUGCACAGGUUAAUGAUCAUUGUAAAACAGAAAAAAAAGUAGCUAAUACAUUUAUAAAUUGUUUUUUAGAGCAGUCUGCUUCUCAGCUGUUUGAGAUGUAUUUACGUGUGUUUUGAACUGGAAGAGCUUUACAGUGUUUGCUUAGUUAAUGGCCAGUGAUUUUUAGUUUUUUCCAUUGUAUGAAAAAGGGCCUAAUAAAAGUACAAGUAACAUUUACCCCAGAAAAAGUCCCUGGAAGAGAAGUAGGACGCAAUGAUCUCAGAAACUUCACACUCAUUUACUAGCGUAAACUUAUUAUAUUUUCUGUUGAUUGUGGAUUAGAAACUUGGAGUAAUUUAUUCUUUUCUUUCAAAGCACAAGAUUUAAAUCCAGUCACUUACAUUGAAUAUUACAACUUUGGGUUGCACAUUGUGAUCUGAAAAAUAUUUUCUAGAAAGUUUCAUUUUCCUCUUGCUGUCAGACCACAAAAGAGAGCUUAGUAGAUUAUCUGAUUGCAUUCAUGUAAUUGAAUAUAAGCACUGAAAGUUCAAAGGCAAUAUUGGUUAUAAAAAACAGAUUUUAUUUAAUAUAAAGUUAACAAAACCACACCUGUUGUUUAGGAUACAUCCAAAAAGUACAACUAAGCUAAGCUAAUCCAAUUUAAUGAUGGUUCCUGUAGUAGACACAGAGCUUAUCAAAGAAUGAUUCCUUGUUCAUGGUAAAGAUUUCUGCAGUGGAAACUCGCAUUAAGAUGCAUAAAUUCCUGCAUGGGUCAGUCAGUAGAUGGGAAACAACACCCCAGCUGCCACAGAAUAAUUAGCAGUCCCCAUAAUGACACCUCUCCCAGACCUUAUGCCUCAAAAUUAAUUUACAAUGGCUCGGAAAUAGGGGAAUGGCUUCCGUAGAGCUAGUCAAUUGUCCUGUUACAGUUAAGGAAUCCGGCAGGCUGGUUGCACUCAUAUUUCAUCCCAGGUAAAGAUUACCUGUCAGGCCCAUGGGAGAUGUAUUGAUCUGUUUUCCUUUUUCUGGCAGCAAUCACCUGACAAAGGCACCUAGGAGGUGAGUGAAUGAGUGAUGCCUGGUCGGCCUGGUCUAGCCCAGUGGUUUCUGUUGUCCACUGAUAGGUUUUAAGCUUAUGAGGAAGAGCAGGAACAAUGCUGUCAUAAACUCUGCUUGAAACUCAUCUGCAUUCCCACAAAGCAGUGCCCUCUGUGACACAGGUCACAGGUCAAAGGGGAAUUAGUUUUUUUUUGCCUCCUUUCUUGUCAGUGGCGUUUGUUCCUACUGUGUACUGUGUACUGAUAAUGAAAAUGUAUGCAAAAAGGCCUCUCUGGUUCCUGCUGACAAUUCCAUGUUAUAAGUCACCUUAGUUCAACUCGCUUUGUAUUUCAGAAGAGAUUCACUUGCUUUGGACGGGCUUCUAAUGAGGAUGGAGCCAUUUUACCCUGACUUUCUGGUAAUCAUCUUUCUCUAUGUCAUGGUUUCUUGGCAGCUAAUGUAUUUAUGUAAUUGCCUUGAUAUAUAACGUAAGUAUUAUUGUUGACACCAUGCAUCUUAACUAAUUACAGUGUAUAAAAUGUGUUGUAUAGUAUUUAUGAUGUGAUUAUUUUACAUCUUAUAACUGAGGAUUUAGGAAUGAGGUCAUUAAAUUUCUUAAUAGAAUUACAUGAUAGAUCGCACUGGAGAUACAUCACCUUUUUAUAUAUUUUUUUUCUAAUUUCAUUUACAAGGAUUUAAGAAAAUCUUGGUGGUAUCAAGGCUCCAAGGCAGCUAUCACAUUUGGAAGGUUGUGCGAGUGGCAUCUUAUCUCUUAAGGCUGUUAUCUUUAUGGAGGCAUGCCUAAUUGCUUUGCAAAUGAUCUAAAGAGGAUUACUAAUCCUUCAGAAAACAUCUGUACCGUAUUACUUCAUGUAAGAGAGACGUUACAAUCCUAAAAUUCAACAUUAAAGAUUUUAUGCAGUAGCUUCCUUUCUGGUUUUAUAACAUAAAGCUCCAGUAAAACAGAUGAAUUGGUGAGUUCUUUAAUGAACUUUGUAUGGCUAUAAGAAAUUGUUGUAAAGCAACUCUAGUUAAACUCAAGUCAUUUGUGUAUUUGUAAUGUCUUGGAAAAUCUAUGCCCAAAACAUUGCUAUGUUUUUUUCCCCUCUAUGUUAUGUGUGUAAAAAAAAUGCCAAUAUUUAUGCAUUUUUAAAUUCAAUGCUGAAUUCAUGUGCAAUAAAUUAGUUUUUGUGAUCAUGUUGGAAUGUGAGUGAGAGAACAGAGGUUUAGUCAGUUUUGUAUUUAACAGCAUUUACAGGCAGUAUUAUGCCUGUAAAUUCGGUCACUUGAUAACAAUAAUAAUAAACAAUGUCAUAAUUUA